GGGGCUGGAAGGCAGGCCCGCGGUUGCGAGGCUCGCUUGAGGGCCAUGCCUGUCUCGCUGCGCUCCCCUCUGUUCUUGGACGUGGUCGUGGGCGUGGUGGGCACCCUGUCUUUCCUGCUGGACUUGGCCGCCGACCUGUGGGCCGUCGUCCAGUACGUGCUCGGUGGCCGUUACCUGUGGGCCGCGCUGGUACUGGUGCUGCUGGGCCUCGCCUCGCUGCUGCUGCAGCUCUUUAGCUGGGUCUGGCUGACCGCCGACCCCACCGAGCUGCACAAGUCGCUGCCCUCGCGUCGUUUCCUGACGCUGCUGCAUGUGCUACAGCUCGGCUAUCUGUACAGGUGCCUGCACGGGCUGCAGCAGGGGCUGUCCUUGUUGCAGCAGGAGCUGCCAACCGAGAGUGACAUAGCCUAUACAGACUUCCUGUCUCUGGAUAUCAGCAUGCUGCGGCUCUUUGAGAGUUUCUUGGAGGCGACACCACAGCUCACAUUGGUGCUGGCUAUCGUGCUGAAGAGUGGCCAAGCUGAAUACUACCAGUGGUUUGGCAUCGGCUCAUCCUUCCUGGGGAUCUCGUGGGCACUCGUGGACUACCACCGGUCCCUGCGUACUUGCCUUCCCUCCAAGUCUCGCCUGGGCUGGAGCUCCUCUGCCUUCUACUUCCUGUGGAACCUGCUGCUGCUGUGCCCCCGAAUCUUCGCUGUCGCCCUGUUCUCAGCUCUCUUCCCCCAGUACCUGGCCCUGCAUUUCUUCAGUCUGUGGCUGGUGCUGUUGUUCUGGGUCUGGCUUCAAGGCACACAAUUUAUGCCAAACCCCAACUUUGAGUGGCUGUACCGGGUGACGGUGGCGAUCAUCCUUUAUUUCUCCUGGUUCAACGUGGCUGGGGGCCGCACCCGAGGCCGGUCCGUCAUCCACUUGUUCUUCAUCCUCAGUGACAGUAUUCUGCUGGUCAGCACCUGGGUGACACACAGCACCCUGCUGCCCAGCGGGACCUUCUUGCCAAUGUGGUUGAUUAUAGGAGGAGCCUGCUUCCUCCUGGGACUGGCUUUGCGUCUGAUCUACUACCUCUGGCUGCACCCUAGCUGCAGCUGGGAGCCCGACCGCGUGGAUGGGGCCCGAAGUCUCCUUCCUAGGAAGCAGCCUAAGCUGCUUUAUAAUAGACGAGCCACUCAGUUAGCACAGAACUUUUUCACCAAGAUCAAAGAGGAGGAGAUUUCUCUGGCAGAGGCUGGAGACGUGGAAGGAGCCCUUUGAGAUAGGGUCUGACUCAGCCAGUGAGGAAGAUGUGGAGAGCUGGGCCUUGGAAGGGCCAAAGGCCAAUCAUAUACAAGCUGUUUUCUCUUCCUUACCAACCAUGAGCUGCUGUCACCAAAGCCUCACGUUGCCAUUCUUACCUCUCAGGUAACUGGUAGAGGUAUCCUGUCUCCUGGGUUCCCUGGCCUGCUCUAGGAGGUCCUGGGGUUCUGGGGAUGUUCUCAAGAAGUCUUCCCUACCCCCACCCCAUCCACUCACGUCAAUCAACAAAUGUUGAGAGCACUUUAUUUUCCGGGAGCAACAUUCUGACUGUUGAACUGGCUGCAGCCCGACCUUCUUUCCCUACCCACUUGAACAAAUGUGAUUUCAAAGACCAGAGGCCAGUGACGACCCUGCCAGUGUUGUGAUGCAGCAGUCUCUACUCUGGCUCUUGGGCCACCUUUAAAGCAAGUGCCUCAUGGACCUGUGGUCUAGGCCAUGCACAACCCGCUGAGUUAUUUUACCUCCUACCUCAGUCAGUGAAAGGAAGAGAACAUGCGCGCAUGUGUUUAACAGUAUUAUUAAAACCGUGUAAUAUUUCCCAAACCAGUAUGUACCAUUAAAUACAGUCUGUCAGCCUUUCCAUUACAGAUAGGUGGCAGGGGUCUGGAACCCCUUAAAACUGGUACAGACUCCUGGAAUAGAGAUGCGGGCUGACUUAGUUAUGACUUUGUAGUGGAUAUCUAAAUUGUUCCAGUAUAAUAAAAACUCGGGAAGCAGAAAUUGAGACAAAGACCUGGUAAACCCAAGGACAGUGGAGAGUCAACUGGCUGACCCUCUCUCCAGGUUUUCCCCAAAUUGCCUCCCUGGAAAUCCUCUCUUCCUGUCCUCUCUAGAAGAUCUCUUCAGUCCUUCAAGAACUCUAUGGCAAAUCCUAGUAGCCAAUCGCUGACUCCAUUCUUUGAUUUGAGGUGGCCUUAUUGGCACAGUGGAAGGGUUAUACCAACAAUUCUCCUGCAACAUUUCCCAUUUCAGUUGGUAGAGCAGGGGACUCUUAAUCCUGGGGCUGUGGGUUCGAGCCCCAUGCUGGAUGGCAAAUUGUAACUAGGCUUUCUCUGUCCCACCAGUUAGCUCCCAA